CGUAUUAAGCUGAUCAUAUUGUCCUAUUCCAUCUGCGAUGCACCGCCAUAUCUCGCCAAGCAACUUGAGUGCUCAGCCACCUCGGCGGCGCAUUAGCUAGUAGUAGCAACUUCAUAGUCGCAAGCUCGGGAGAGGGGACGAGAGAUUCCCACAAGGAACCACACCAUUCACCACAGCCCCCCAUCCCGUUGGCUUCCAUAGUCAAUAAAUUCUGCUCUUCGUCUACCGUCGCGUCUUGAAAUCUUCUCUUAAUCUUCCCAGGCAUCGCUGAUUUCUGACAUACCCCAGCUUCUACCCCGCCCUCUUUCUACUACCCCUCCACUGAUUUUGGAUCGCGUAACGUCCGCAUCUCCGUGUCAAGUUUAAUACGCCAUGUCGUAUCCAAACUACCCGCCAUAUGGGCAACCCCCUCCUCAGCAAGGUGGCUACUACCAGCAGCCGCCUCCCCAAGGCCAAUACCCACCUGCUCAGGGCCAAUACUACCAGCAGCCUGGGCAGUACCCUCCUCCCCAGCAGGGUGGCUACCAACAACCGCCUCCGCCGAACCAGUACGGCUCACCCGCGCCACCACCACAGCCUUAUGGUGCUCCUCCGCCAGGCCCGUACGGCCAACCACCUCCCCACCAGCAAGCUUAUGGCCAGCCGCCACCUCCGCAACCCUAUGGCGCACCGCAGGGCCAGUACGGCCACGGCCCCCCGCCAGCGCCAUACGGGCAGCCGCCACCGGGUCAAUACGGUGCGCCUCCGCAGCAGUACGGAGCGCCUCCGCCGCAGCAAUAUGGCGGCUACCCUCCGACCCCGGCGUCGCUCGGCUACGGCCCUCCGCAGAUCAUACAGUGGAAUGGAGACGCGGACGCGAAUGCCCUGCGUUCUGCGAUGAAGGGGUUCGGAACGGACGAGAAGGCGCUGAUCCGCACCCUUGCGACCAAGGACCCGCUACAGGUGAACACCAUCCGGGACGCGUACCAGCGCCUGCACAGGCGCGACCUCGUGUCCGACAUCAAGAGCGAGGUGAGCGGGUGGUUCGAGGCGGGCCUGGUGGCGCUGGUGCGCGGCCCGCUGCUCCAUGACGUCUUCAUGUUGUACGACGCCACGGACGGGCCUGGCACCAAGGAGAAGGUGCUCAACGACGUACUUCUCGGCAGGUCCAACGCCGACAUCAACGCCAUCAAGAGCACGUACCAGCGUGUCUUCGGAACGAGGCUCGAGGACGUGAUCCGCGGCGACCUAAGCAUGAAGACGGAGCGGCACUUCAUGAUCGUGCUGCAGGCCCAGCGCGCCGAGGACUCGGCCCCCGUCAUCCCGGCCGAGAUUGGCCGCGACGUCGGCGAUCUGUACAAUGCCACCGAGGGCAUGGUCGGCACCGACGAGGUGAAGGUCUGCAGUAUUUUAAGCACGAGGAACGAUAACCAGAUCCGGGCUAUUGCGCAGGAGUAUCGACAGAAGUACGCCAAGAAUUUGGAAGACGUCAUUCGAAAGGAGUUUUCUGGCCACAUGGAGGACGCUCUGCUUUACCAGUUGCGCCACGCCCUGGAUAAAUUCAUGCACCAGGCACAGCUGCUCGAGGACGCUAUGGCGGGUCUUGGCACCAAGGACCAUCUCCUCGUGAGCCGCGUGGUCCGCUCCCACUGGGACCGUGAUAACAUGGCCAACGUCCGCGGCGCAUACGAGAGGCGUUACCACAAGAAUCUGGCUAGCCGGAUCAAGGGUGAGACUAGCGGCGACUACGAGAGGUUGAUGCUAGCCUGCAUUGGAGAGCCUGUCUGAUGGGACCGCGGAGGAGGAAGGCUUGGUGGCUACCUAUCGAGGACGGGUAUGAAUAGACGUCAGUAAAGGACUACUUGUAUGAGUGCACUUAUGUGAAUGGGCGGAAUCUUCGCCGGCUUACAAGUCUCCGAGUUGCGGUGCCGGACAAGACGGCUAAUACGUUGCUUCCUUAACUGCAAGUGUAAUACCAAGUUGCCUUUGACUUAUUGAGGGGCCUCGAACUUGUAUACUUUAUGUUUUCUACUAGUCGCCUAGCCCCGUAGUAUGUCACCGAAGAAAUGUUGGCACUCUGGUGGGAAGCAUCGGCACACAGUUGGGGACGUGGGGUUGUCGAGACACUAACAGAUAUACUCUGGAUUUCCCGGUGCCCAAGAUAAGGGCUCAGGUAUCCGUCCACAAACCUCAUGCCUCCGAAGUUGCCCCAUAUUUGCCAAUAGUCUGAAACGUUUCCGAGUUGGGUUUCUGAGGCAGCCUGCAG